UUCUUUCAAAUUUGAAUUUUUAUUAAAUAAAAAUUGAAUUAUUAAAAGAAGAAAAGUGAGUGAUAAUUAUAUUUAAAUAAUUGUACAUUAUUAAUUUUUCAUAAUUGGAAAAAUCAAGUGAUGACGAAAAAAUGAACCUUUCGGUUGAGAAAAUAAAAAUUUAGUGAUAAUUUUUCGCACGUUCGGUGAACAAUGUAAAGGACCUGAAUUCAAGAAAAAAAAUUCUUUUUUCAUUGAAAACGGAUCAGUUGCAUCAUGUUUCAGCAUUCUCAAGAGGAGUCAUUAGCUAACGGAAGAAGAGUAUUAGUCUUAAAAAUGUCGAGGCAGUGAAUCUGGAUUGUGUAAAAAAAAUAUCUUACAAGAGGUGGAAUGAAAAAAUUGUGUUUUCUUAUUGGAGAAAAAUGCUUAAAUAUCUGCGUGUGAAUAAAACUAAAGUCAUUAAGAAUUUAAAUACUCACAUACUGAAGUAAAAAACUAUAUUUUAUAUCUAAUUUUCUAUCGAGAAAAAAGAAGAAACAAAAAAAGAGGAGAAACAAACAAAGAAGAAAGAACAAGAAUAAAUAUUAAAACAGAAAAAAAUGAUUAACGAUAAUUUAGAAUUGGGCAAAACAAAUUUAUUAUUUCUAAAAGAGGAAAAAUCCUCAAUUGAAAGAGAUGAGACGAGAACUAAUUUGAAUUUAGGAGCCUCGGAUGAUCCACCAGGUAAAUCGAGUAAGUCGACGCAAAUAGAUAUUUCUCAAUCGGGUUGGAAGACGAGUUAUGGCCAGAGAUCAAGACCAUUGUCAAUGGGUCAUUUAUCGAGACAAAGUCAAUAUGUUGAGUCAAAUUAUUCGGGAAUGUCAUCUGCUCAAAGUGAAGUGAUAAUAUCGCCUAGAAAUCGUUAUCAAAAUAGAUAUAUCGCCGUUGAUAUGAUGAAAUUAAUGCCAAAUCAACAACAAUCCGUUAAUCAUUUGCCGAUGAAUAAUCAAAAUUGCAAUUGCUGUUGUAUGUGCAAUGGCUCACAACAAAAACCAAAUGGAUUGGGUCCCGAUGCAUUGGAGGAUCAGAAUGGACCGGAGGGUCUCUCAUGGCGAAGACUGCAUAUGAGUAGAGCAAAACUUAAAGCCACUGCAACCACAUCUGAACUUUUAAGUGGUUUUGCAAUGGUGGCUAUGGUUGAGUUGCAAAUAAACGAGCCAACAGAAGUUCCUGAAUGGCUAUUCGUAAUGUUUGCCGUUUGUACAACUGUACUAGUUUCUGUUCAUAUAUUCGCCUUAAUGAUAAGCACAUAUCUUCUGCCAAAUGUAGAGGCCAUUAGUAAACUUCAAGUAGCCAGUCUCGUUACGGAAUCACCACACGAACGAAUGAGAGGUUUCAUUGAAUUGGCCUGGGCAUUUUCAACAGUAUUAGGACUCUUUCUUUUUUUAGUUGAAGUUGGAAUUCUCUGUUGGGUGAAAUUUUGGGAUUAUUCAUUCACCGCUGCUACAGCAAGUACUGUCAUUGUGAUACCAGUGCUCAUUGUUUUCGUUGCAUUUGCCGUUCAUUUCUAUCAUUCUCUGGUCGUUUAUAAGUGCGAGACUUCUGUAACUGACAUGAAUGAAUUAGAAAACAUAAAAAGGAAGUUAGACAAUGUGACGAUCAAUCAAAGUAGUGUAUAAAUAAAUUCAAUGUCAAUUCUAAUAUUUCUCCUUUUGUUUCAAUUUUAAGACUCAAAAAAUAAAAUAAUGAUAAAGACAA